GCGGCGGCGGCGGCCGAGGUGGGGAAGGACCGUCCGAGCGGCCGAGGCGGCGGCGAGGAGGAGGAUGAUGAUGAUGAUGAUGAUGGAGGAGUCGGAAGAAAACGGCACCGUAGUGAAAGCGGGGGAAUUAUUACCGUGCAAGAUUUGUGGACGAACCUUCUUCCCAGUAGCAUUAAAAAAGCACGGGCCGAUAUGCCAGAAAACCGCGACGAAGAAGCGCAAGGCGUUUGAUUCCAGCAGACAGCGGGCGGAAGGGACCGAUAUUCCAACAGUAAAACCUCUGAAGCCUCGGCCAGAACCACCAAAGAAGCAGUCUAACUGGAGAAGGAAGCACGAAGAAUUCAUAGCCACCAUCCGCGCAGCCAAAGGGCUUGACCAGACCCUUAAAGAAGGGGGGAAACUCCCUCCACCGCCUCCACCUUCCUACGAUCCUGAUUACAUUCAGUGUCCCUAUUGCCAGAGGAGGUUCAAUGAAAAUGCAGCCGACAGGCACAUCAAUUUCUGCAAGGAGCAGGCAGCUCGCAUCAGCAACAAAGGCAAAUUCUCAGCCACCGACACCAAAGGGAAAGCAUCCCCUCGAGCUCAGUACAAGCCGACCGCCCUUCGGAAGCCCAGCGCCCCAACGGCGCUUCCCUCGGCCUCUUCCCGCCUACCGCAGCCGAGUAGCGCCAGCAAGCCCGGCCUAGGUGGGCCCGCGAGCAAGGUACCUUCUCCCGGGGGUCCUUGGGGAAGCAAAGUUCAGACCUUAUCUCCCUCUCACAAAGGCGCCGUGGGAGCGGCAGCUCCGCAGGCAGGAGGUGCCCCGAGAGCUCGAGCGCCGCCCCCGCCCGGCCUGGUGAGGAGCCCCGUCCCGGCCGCGCUGGCCAGCAAAAGGAAAACCUACGGAGUCGACGGUUCCACGAGCAGGGCGGGCGGCGACCGCUCGGCCGACGGCUGCGACGGCGGCUCCCCGGGACCGUUCCCCAAGUUCUGCCACGAGUGCGGGACCCGCCAUCCCGUGGACUGGGCCAAGUUCUGCUGCGAGUGUGGCGUUCGGAGGAUGGCUCUGUGACCGCCCCCGACCAGAGCGACGGCGCGGCCGGCCCACCCCGCGGGGAGUUCCUCCGCCUGCCGCGGCCGCCCGCGCCCCGGGACCCCCGGCCUGGGGGAGUGACUCGGAGGGGCGGUCCCCCGCUCGGUUACCUAAUUUAUAUGCGCGUGAGUGCGCGCGCGCGCGCACGUCUGCGUGAGACGGCAAAGAUCCCGGAGAAACAGCCCCAGAAUUUCCCGUGGACCCAGGCCAGCUUAGGACGGAUGAUGGUUUGCUCUCUCUCCCGGCCCCGAAGCCGGCGGGCGGGAGGGCGGCCGCGCCCCAGUGCCGCUCUCCGGACCCGUGCGACCCCGGCCCUCUUCCCCGAGGCCUCCCGGAGAGGGGCUCUUUCCAGACCCGCCCUAGGCCCCCCACCCCCGCCGUCCCGCUCCGGGAAGGCCUCUCGGAAACGUGGGUCUGGGUCAUUUCCCAGGGGAACCCGCCGCCUGCGGCCCCGCGCCGGGGUGACGGGGCGGGAGCCCGUGCAGAGAGGGUGGCAGUUUUUUCUCCCAGAUGGUCCCGGGGCCUCCCCCCCCGAGGUAGGUCUCUCUCCCCGUCGCCCGGCCCCUCUCCCCUCUUCCUGGCAGGCAGGACGCUUCUGCCCAAGUCGCUCCGCCGCACGACUUCUCUAACGGGCCGAGCCGUUUUCCCUCCUCCGCCCCCGCUGGGCUCGGCCUUCACGGCCAGGGUCCGCCGGCCCCGACGGGUCACUGAGGGAGGAGCGGGUCCGUGCGGGCCGAGGCGGACCGGUUCGAACCCGUCGCGUUUCCGGUGUGACUUCGGGCUUUCCCGUCGGCUCCGCUCCACGUCCGGUGCCGCUCGGCCGCCGGGCCCGGCGGGUCCCGGCCGCUGGCCCUCGCCGCCGCGCGGCUCCGAGGGACGGGAGGGAGAGGCGGGGCGGGGCGGACACCCCGGGCGGUCCAGAGGGGUCGGGGGGCAGCCGGCGGUCGGUCGGCUCCAUCGGGAACCCGGUUUCGGAAAGCCGAAGCGGGGUGGGGGCGGGGGGGCGGGGGCGAGGUAUUUAUGAAUUAGGAAACAGGCCGUGUACCCGAAGCCACUUUUAAGACUUUCAUAAUUAACUUCAUCUACGAUUGCUCUCUUUGAUUUGUUGUGCAAUACUGUUCCUAGGAAACUGUCUCCAAGCCAGGCCUCCUCGCUUCGGCGUGUGUCUGAGCGACCGUGUCGCAAUGUGGAAAAUGAGUUCCAGCUUGGGCCGCGAGUGUAAAAUCCCCACCCGUGGCCCACGCUGACGGUAGGCAUCAGCUCCACGACUCACGUGCCCCUCGACCCCCAUCGCGACUCGAGCCCCUGCGCGUCUCCCUAUCCUCUCCCAAUAAAGGAACGGAACACUA